CGGGAGUCCGGGUGCCGGCGGUUACACUUCUGAGCGCCUUCGGAAAGCCACAGGGCAGGGGGAGUGUGUGCUGAGAAGCCGGGGCAGAAGGAGUAGGCAGGCCCAGCUUCUGUGCCAGCCCAGUGACACACAUAGAGGCAUAAAUCUGUCUGGUGAUGUUGCGUCCGGGCGCUCACGUGUGUAGAGACCCACCGGCUUGUCUGUACGCCAUGUGGGCACCUGUCGUGUGAGUGGCUCCGGGCGUGGCUGCUCAUCGGACGUUCAGUUUCUGUAAGAUUUAUCUCUAGGGGCCUGCCUAACCUCGGCUCCAGGGGGUAACGUAAGAAGUUUAACGGAGCCAGGUCUGAGCAGAUUAAGGGAGUGGAACAGCGGCGGGGCCGGAGAGGGUGGGGACUGCGGGUGCUGGAGGGGGUAGGGAACCACCUAUUUGCCCCGUCUCCCAGGCAGAAAGGUCUUUUGGCAAGACUGGCUUGACAAAGAUGGCCCUGGAAUGUCUAGAGUCCGGGCAAUGAUGAUCACUGAGUGAGUGGCGCUGGGCUGAGCCUGGGCAGUUUGUUGACUGACAAAGAGGGAUGCUAGCAGUUAGGAAGGUAAGGAGGAAACUCAGGAUGGGGACCAUCUGCUCCCCCAACCCCAGCGGGACAAAGACAUCAUCGGAGGUCUGCAACGCCGACUGGAUGGCCUCGCUUCCCCCUCACCUCCACAACGUCCCCCUUUCCAAUCUGGCAAUCCCAGGCUCCCACGAUUCGUUCAGCUACUGGGUAGAUGAGAAGUCCCCAGUGGGGCCCGACCAAACCGCCGCCAUCAAACGCCUGGCCAGGAUCUCCUUGGUGAAGAAGCUCAUGAAGAAGUGGUCUGUGACGCAGAACCUGACGUUCCGAGAGCAGCUGGAAGCCGGGAUCCGCUACUUCGACCUGCGUGUGUCUUCCAAACCCGGGGAUGCCGACCAGGAGAUCUACUUCAUUCACGGACUUUUUGGCAUCAAGGUCUGGGACGGGCUGAUGGAGAUUGACUCAUUUCUUACCCAACACCCCCAAGAGAUCGUCUUCCUGGAUUUCAACCACUUCUACGCCAUGGAUGAGGCCCACCACAAACGCCUGGUUCUCCGGAUCCAGGAGGCCUUCGGAAACAAGCUGUGCUCGGCCUGCAGUGUGGACAGCAUGACCCUGCGGGCCCUGUGGGAGAAGAAGUGCCAGGUUCUUAUUUUCUAUCACUGUCCCUUCUACAAGCAAUACCCCUUCCUGUGGCCCGGAAAGAAGAUCCCAGCGCCCUGGGCGAACACCACAAGUGUGCGCAAACUAAUCCUCUUCUUGGAGACCACGCUGAGUGAGCGGGCCCCGCGCGGCUCCUUCCACGUAUCACAAGCGAUUCUCACCCCCAGAGUGAAGACCAUCGCCCGAGGCCUGGUUGGUGGCCUCAAGAACACUCUGGUUCAUAGGAAUCUUCCUGCCAUCCUGGACUGGGUGAAAACUCAGAGGCCUGGAGCCAUGGGUGUCAACAUUAUCACAUCUGACUUUGUGGACCUGGUGGACUUCGCCACGACUGUCAUUGAAUUGAAUGACCUCCUCCAGGAGGACAGAGCUUUGGCUAAAUGCUGAUUUGCUUUUUAAUGUUGACUUUGUUGAUCCAGGCCAGAGUUCUGAAGGGUUUCUUGUUAGGACGGCCCCUGGGCAGUGAUGGGGAAGGAGGAGGAAGAGGGCAUUUUUCCCUCUUCAUAGGGCCAUUUGGAUAAAAUUACAGAGCUUUUAAUUGCAUUUUUCCCAAAUGAGACUUUUCCAAAAAAACGGAAGUCCAGGGGAAAAAGCAUGUUUCGUGUGAUCAAAGUCAGGGUCUCCCUGAUGGCUCAUGAUGUUGAAUGUAAUGUGGAAAUGGGGUCUCCAGCUUCCUUUGAGUGUCUCCGAAUUGGCCUGGUUUCCUGCUGUCUUCCAGGAUGUUGUGUGUGAGCCAGCGAGAAUACUGACGGAGAAAGGCAUUCUUACGCAAAAGAAUGGCUCACCACAGGUGUGGAAGGCCCUGUGGGGUGGCUCUAACAUCAACCUGAGGCUUUGAGGGAGAAGAGGGCCAGGCACCAGUUCUCUCUGGCAUGUUGACUGUUACCACCUCUUCCCUGAAAGUGUGAGACUUCUUUGUCACCAGGCCAUUCCAGCCAGGAGCUGUUCUUGCGUAGCUUCUGAUUAGGAACUUGGCACCUUCAUUCUCUGGAUAAACAGUGCAUAUUGCCUUUGCUUUCUGAAAUGGGUUUCCCAGUUGUAAAACAUUGAUUCCUUUCCAUUUCUAUUGGCCCCUUCUUAAAAGUGAAAGGAACAAUGGUGGGAGAUCCUCUCAGUGUGGGGCCCAACAGGAGACACACAUGCAUGUUUGCUGCAUGGCGCAUUUCUUUGGUUUAAUCCUAUAGCUUUUCCCAGAAGGGCUGCCAGGUAAACUCCUGCAUCAUUUUGGCAAAGUCCGCUCUGGAACGGGAUCUUCACGCCAGAUCUUGGAAUUGCAUUGCACUGCUGUGUGCCAGGCGCCGGGUCUGUGCUCUGAUGCUAACGCUAGCUAAUGGAAGGCACCUUGUCGGUGGCGCCGGGGAGGCAGCCGCAGGAUGCGUGGGGAAGUGCAAUGGAUUUACGGAGGAAGCUCCGAGUGGGAUCGGAGCUGUUCUGUAACUCCUUGAAAACAAAGACUACCUCGGGGACGUUCAGGAUGACUUGUGUGUCAUCAAGGGAGAGAUACCCAGUGUUGGAACAUUUCCAGUUGGUGUCUUGAUUCUUCUACUCUCUGCGGGUUGUUCAGAGCCUGCUAAUCACCACUGCAGGGGGGCUGUGAAACUCAAGAGGGGAUUUGGGGGUGUUUUUGAAUUGAUAAGAGGUACUUAUCCAGAAGGAGCCCUCUUGUGGUUUUAUUUAUUUAUCCAUUUGUUUAUUUAUAGAUCACGUAUCUUUAGUGCUUCUUACCUCAACAGCACUCACAAAGGAGCUUCCCGAACUUUUCUCACCCAGGCCCGAUGCUGCCCCGAUUUUCAGCAGGCCCGUGCGUUUCAGGACUGUGAGCGACCUCUGACUCGACGUUCCCAGCUGCCCCAGUCCUGUCGGGACAGUGGCGUUGUGUGGGUGUGGUCCGGAGCUGAGAAGCCCCUGGCCGGCCACGCACCGGGUCGUGAAGAACUCUCAGUUCUUGAGGGAGAAUCUCCAGUAGGAGGUCCGAAAGGAAGGAGCUGGAAAGAAACCAUGUGGGCGUGUGUACGCGCCGAUGCUCCUCAAAACUGUCCGAGGAUCCCUAAGGAAGCGUCAGCCUCUGGAUUCUUAAGGCCGAAAGAUAACCAUGGACUCCUGGACGGAUGUGCGCAUGCGUAAGGGUCUCGGGGCCCACCGCCCGUCCCCCUCCCCCCCAACGGCUCGCCGUUCCUCCUUGGCAGCGCUCGCGGCUGGACCUUCCAAGGCGCGGGCCCGAGGCGGGCGCUGGAGGUGAGCUCCCGAAAGCACACACACAAGGCCAGCUCGGGCUCUUCAGCCCGUGCUCUCUGUAAAGGCAAUUCAUCCCUGACCUUGAGCUCCCGCGGCUGGAGGGGGGUCACAACACAAAUGCCUCUGGGAAAAAUCUGGUUUAACUUUUCCUGUUCUUGCAUUUGCACCCCAACUCCGAAAGAUUUCUGGGAUUGUACUGUUAUUUUUUAGGGCCUUCUCUGGAAAGGAGUAAGAAAGGAAGUGCUCUCACUUUCUCAGUUGUUCUUCAAUUCUGCUAUUAAACCCCAGUGACAAGCUCUGAAAUCCCUGGCCUACCCUCAGGGUUUUAUUUGUGUCGUUAUUGUUUCUUUGGGUCUUAUUUUUAACUCUUGGUCCAUUGCUAGGGACUAGAUUAUUUCCCCUCUUUUAACCCUUUGUUACUUGGCAAAGAGAUGAGGAGGCAAGAGGAGAAUUAUUCUGCUCUGUUUUAUUUGAGCCUCAGCUUUGUCCAGGUGCCCGGUGCUAUGAGGCCAGGUGUGUUGGCAGGUAUCUCCACAGGAUACCAGUGACACCCAAGGGCUGCUGACUGUUCAGUGAAAUGUUUACUUUUUUCCUUUAGUUUUAAAAGAUACAAUUGCACUUCACUUGGGUUGUAACAUUUAAGUGCAUCUCAGUGUUUGCCUGGUAAGAGAAAAGUCAUCAAGCAUGACACAAAAGCACAGAAAAUGGUCCCAAGGUCAUGAGCACGGAGUCCUGCUGUAUGUGGCAAGCACAGGUGCUCACUCCUUCUUACUGCUCUGGGUUGCCAGCCUGGCUUGCAUUCUGAAAUUCUGCACAGGAGUUCUGGGAGAUGGGAGGAAGGUUAUUUGCAGUUCACCCUUGAUAAACACCCUUGAAUUGGCAGCAUCUCUGGUCCUAGAAAAAGUUGUGCAACAUAUCGCAAAGGAUGUAUACAUUCUGCUCUUGGAGCUAAGGUCAAGCAAGAGACUCUGUGAUGGGACAGAGGGAGAAUAGACUUUAGGUCUAUGACUCAUUCUGCAACUGCCAACAGUACAAAUGGUUGACCCAACCACAUCAUUUAUUCUUACAAGAUCAAACAAGGCUGUCGUGCUUACUCAGAAUUCACUUCAAGAUCAACUAAAAAGCUACUUAACUGAGCCAAAGAGGGCUUUAGUUUCAUAGGAUUUGGGGGCAUAGUUCUUCUGAAAUGUAGGCUGAGUUUUUCAUGAACCCCCUAGACUGUUUGCCACAUUUCCAUGGCUUUGUGGCAAAGGGGACAAUCACAGGUUUCAGUUAGAUUAGAGCAAUGUUUAAAGGCCUGAACUUGGAACCUAUUAGAGGUACCACUGUGGUUUUAAGGGGACAGAAGAUAUUCUUAGGGUUGGAGAGGGAAGUCAAGAUGGAACUGAUGGAAUGAUAAAUGAUUGUGGAUUAAAUUUUAAAUUAAUGGCAGACCUAAGAGGGUCAUGCAAAAAACUAUUAUAUAUAUGCUGUAUGAGACUUCUAAUAAUUAAGUUUGGUUAUUUCCUCAGCACUGAGUCCAGACCCCUGAAAUCUUGAGAAUAGUUAAGCCACAGUCCAAACCCAGGACUUUUAUAUAAACUCAAAGAAAAGCACAAGAUCUGAGCCCAGGUCAUGAUCAAUCUUAAGAAUCCUAGUUCUUCUUUCACGACCUCACAUUCACAUCACAAAGUGGAUGUUUCUGUUCAAGAAGACAAGGUGGUGGAGUAUUCUAGGAUGAAAUGCAGUUUCAUGGUGGGUCAGGAUUUUGUUUCUGUUUUUCUGAAUCUUGCCAUAAGAAAGUGUCCCCCAAAGAGGUAUGAUUACAACCCAGCGAGAAAGCUUAGUGCUAAGCUUAAGGUAGAGAAACAAGAAAUUACAAUUGAAAUGAAAUGGUUUCUUUUCAUGGAAGCACUAGGGCUAUGCAAAUUCCGGCCAUCUAACCGAAUGAGUUUGUGCCCCAGGUGAAGCUUUUGUAAGGUUCUUUACUGGCUGACUGCAGUUGUUCACUGAGAGGUUCUGGGAAAUGGAGCAGGCUAACGAGUGGGGCACAGCCAUGAGACUUGUCUCUCGUGGCUGAGCAGCUAAGUGACCCUGUGCUACCUCUGUCUUGGUUCCUUAAUCUGGAGUAAAGACGUUGUCUACUUUAGUGCUGUUCUGCAAACCUUGGUGGACUAGCCCCCCAAAAUAUCAGGCCCCUUAUGAUUAAAUUAAAUGCCUUUUACUCGGGGGGUGCAUAGUUCUACUCAUUGUUCCUUGUGUGGCAUGUGUGAAGAAAUGCUAUUUGGCUUCAUUUCUCGAAAAUGUAGUAUGGGAUGACGGAAGUAGCAUGACACUGGCCCCUGUAAGAAUCCGUAGAAUGAGAGGAGUGGAGCUGCAUGAAAUCUGCCGGUGCACACUUGAGUUCCUGAGAGGUGGGCUUUCCCAAGUGCAUGCUAGACAGUCAUGUUAUGCCACAAGGGAAUGAAUAGAAACUGAGAACAUCAAAUGUCCCAGCAGGAAGUUUGUUUUGUAUGGCAUAGAUCGUGGUUGUCCCUCGAAAUCCUACUACCUUUCCAGUCCCCCUUGGCCCUCUGCCUCAGAUGGUUUCCUAGUAUUUGCCAUCAUAACUUUGUCACUCACAAAUGUUACCUUGGGAUACACAGGAGUGAACUGAUCGGGUGAUAAGUGCUUUAGCUGGAAAUUGACUCUAAUUCCACGUGAUCGUGAGCAGCUCUUUACUACCCCAGGAGAGGUACUAUCUCCUUAUAUUCUGGCUUCCCCAGCUGCCUACUAGAAGCGUGGACACUAAAGCUACUAUAUUGCUGCAUGGGCCCUUAACCCGGAAGAAUACAGCACAAAAUGCUACUGAUGUUGUUGAAAUAGCAGUCUUAAAAACUAUAAAAAUAUUCUAAGAGAACUCUUGAUCCUGCAGUGGAUAUAGUGUUCUAGUCUUUUUUCCAUCAAAACUUAUUCUUCGGACUUUUCAGGCUCGUUUCUAAGCCUACAUAGUUCGGAUACAAUAUUUUUUCUUCUCUUCACUGGGAACUCAAUCCCACAGACUAUUGAGAUAACCUCAUCAAUAGUCAAGAGGCAUUUUUCAUCUCAUUCCUUCUGAUCUCCACAAAAGACCACUUUCUCCUCUUGUCUCCUGGCCAUCCUUUAUCAUCUGCCGAUCACUCUGAAUAACAGAAUGCUGGCAGAACUUACACAAAAAGGCACACGCGUUCAAUGACGCCCAAAUGCACCCUUAUCACGAUUAUUGCUCUGUGCUGUUCCCAAAUGCAUAAUUCUGCCCUCCUCUUGCCCCCCCCACACAGAAUCUGAUCGGAACCCAGAACUUGGGGCCAGUACUUGAUUCAAAGAGCAGGAGCUUGCUCACAAGCUCGGAGCCCAAUGAGAAGCACAGCACUUUGAAGUCAAACAGGUCUUCAGUUGCUUUGUAUAUUUGUAGUUUUACAUUUGCUAUUAGUUUAUAGCGCUAAUAACACUGCGGUCACGAAUCUAUGGUAUCAAUAUGAUAAAUCUUAUUCUAGACACAGUGGUACCUUGCUGCUAUUAUACUUACUAAUUUAUGCCCCAGUGUUAAUAAGUAUCCCACACAGACUGUGAAUGCAUUGUUUGUACUGUAUAUAUGCCAGUUGUAAAACUUAACCUCGCUGAUCAGCACUUAGAAAAUACAGAGAUUAUCAUAGUGAAGAUACGUCUUGGUCAAUUCAGUUGAUAUGUGACUCUGAUAAAUACUCUAUUAGGUAUUAUAUUUGUCCUCUAUGCUUGUUUUAUAUUACAGUGCAUGCUGUUUCCUAAGUAAAAAAAUACUAAUAAGAAAUUGUACCAAUUUUAAGGUUAGACUUAAAAUUUUACAUAUAUGCUGCUUGGUACUCUGAAAUGUAUUUUGUGGCUUAAUGAUCUUAUUCACACACAUUUCACUUGGCUCUUUCCCCCCUAGGAAAUCAUUAUUCAAAUAUAUCUCUCCUUCUUUCUUAUAAACGGGAUCAUACUGUUUAAUUCAACCUAAAACAUUGUAAAGCCAGAUUACCUCAUUUUAACUGUGAAAAAAAAUUUAACCGAUAUGAUAUUAUGUCUUUUCUUGUAUUUUAUUUGAACUACCUAAGUAGGCUUAAACCUAAUAAUAAAUAUAAAACUUCAGCAGGCA